GAUGAUUACCCUUAGGGAACAGGCAGUAACAAUUGUGAUGGAAGCUUUACACCUGUUGUCCGUCACUCAUGCAUGUCAACAUCAAUUUACUCGCCUACAUUAAAACAAUAUUAUGAAAUGGCGACUGAUUCUACUUAUGCAUCGACAGUACAAUAGAAUGGCAAUGAAAUGAAAAUCUCAAGUAGAAAACAUCGAAUCUUGAUUUUUCUUGGCUUUAUCUUAAUAUGGGAAAAUCAUGUCAAGGCAAAGACUGCUAGCGCUAUACUAAAAAGGAAUGAAAAAACGAAUAAGCCACAUGGAAAUCGAGCUCCCAAGAAAUUCAACCAAAAUCAAACGAGAAAAUCAUUAAUUUUCAAAACGCCUUCACUAGUUAAUGUUUCAAGUGUUGCACAAAAAGUUGGGGAUGGUUUGGAUUUAGCACGAGCCUCGAUUUUGCCACAAAAUUCCUCGCCUCACGUGGUUACUUCAUGUAUUGGCAACCAAGUAACUCUGAAAUGCGUUGCCGAAGGCAACCCUGCACCGGAGUUUAUUUGGUACAAAGGCAAGCAGGCGGUGAGCCGCAAUAAAGUUGCAGAAUUUGACCUCAACAUUGCUCCUUCAAAGUUCACGCGGGCUAGCCACUUAACGCUCACACCAAAUGUGAAGGAUGACUUUGGUGAAUAUCAAUGUUCAGCAACGAACACCUUGGGAACGACGCAACAAAGCACACAUAGAAUUGUUCUUAAUGACAAAGGAGAGCAGUUAUGCACAGAGAGCGCGUACAACAAAGACAAGAAGAAGUUUAAUUCCAUCGUCAUCGGAACAUUUUCCUCCGCAGGAAUGAUUGUGGUUCUUCUGUGUGUAGCAGCAUUUGUGUUGUGGAGAGUAAACCAAAGAGAAUCUUAUACCUACAACCGCUUAGGAAGCAAACAAGACCGUGCAGAAAACAUGAAAGCGGGAAACGAUGGAAAUGCAAGAAAAACCAACCACCAAUCAAAUGGGCAGGAAAUAAAUGACGAAGACGUCUUUCAAGACGAUUUCGAUGCCAAGGAGAUUGGCCGUCUUAGCAGCCUUUUGGCAGGAGAUUGGGAACGACUAGCACGGUUGCUAGGUUUCCAUCAGCACGAUAUCAACGCAAUACGUGAAGAUAGCAUUAAGAUGGAAUCGAGAUGCGCGGAGAUGUUGAACAGAUUCCGACGAAAAAAAGGAUCGCGGGAGACAUUAGCAGAAUGCGUCGAGGAAAUGAAGAACAUAGAAACAGCGAUUGCAAUACGAGAAAAAUUUUAUAAAACAAAUCCGACCGAUUGAGUUUCCACAAUUACCGAGUUUAUGACAUUAAAAAAUUGGUCAUCAAAUGUCAAAAUCAUAUCUCGUGCAGCUAGCGGAAAUAAAAAUCUUAUAGAUUGUCAACCGUAAAGCGGUCAGUUGGUCAUAACUCGAAGUAACACAUUCAUAGCACAUGAUCUAUAACAUUGUAAAAUUACGACAUUAGCAUCACUGCAUCAGAAUAGCCCACUUAUUGAGGCGGGUUGAUUUUCACACUCGCUAAACUUUUGUUCGACAUAAAUGUUUGUCGUCUCAAACGCUUGCUUCCUCUUCUUAAUAAAAUCGCUCAAACUGCUUCUCACUGAACAAGAAAUCGCCUUACCUCCUGCACGUCAUCUAUUGCACCGAAUGAGAAAAUAUGAAUUUGGAGCUUCUAGAUUCAAAGAAACGGCCGUUUCAGAAUAUUUGUAAAAUUGUAACGAAACGAUUUGAUGUGUUACAGUAAAAUAGUUGAAAUUAAGAGCUACUUUGUAAUAUAAUAAAUUACUAUGUUUCAAUUACUUUCGCAUAAUAAUAGUAAGUUAACAUAUUGCAUAAUAUGUUUUGACCACUCAAAUAAAA